CUCUCAAAAUUUCCACUUCGCUUCCUUCUCCGAGAUCUCUCCGAUCAAACCCUCCGCCGCUGUAAUCCACAACUCCGGCGCUCUGCUUUCAAUUCUCUCUCUCAAGUCUCAAAUGCUAUGGCUCUGAAUCUCAUUGACCGCAAUGAUCUCUGGAAGAACAAGGCCCGGUACCUGCAGCUCCGCCUCCGGGACCGCUUCCGUGUCGCCGUCGACAAACACCGCCGCAAACGACCUAUUUUCUCCGAUUCUUACUUCUCCUUCACGCUCCGUCUUUGGCUUCAGAGGUUUCGUGAUUUUCGUCAGGAUUUGCCGUCCUCCACUACUUUUUAUCGGAAGCGAGUUGGGGAGGAUUUCAAUGAUGGAGAAGAAUCGGUCAUUCUUCGGAUGCUUCAAGCCGUAGCUGUUCCUGUUCUUGGGAACGUUUGUCAUGUGUUUAUGCAUGGUUUGAAUCGUGUCCAGGUAUACGGUUUGGAGAAACUACACAAAGCAGUGCUGCACAGACCCAAGGACCAACCUCUUGUUACAGUUAGCAAUCACGUGGCCUCUGUAGACGACCCUUUUGUAAUUGCGGCACUGCUGCCUCCACGCGUACUUUUUGAUGCACAGAACUUGAGAUGGACUUUAUGUGCAACUGAUCGAUGUUUUAGCAAUCCUGUCACUUCUGCAUUUUUUAGAACCGUGAAAGUACUGCCAGUUGCCCGUGGUGAUGGCGUUUAUCAGAAGGGUAUGGACAUGGCUAUUUCAAAACUAAAUCAUGGAGGGUGGGUUCACAUCUUUCCUGAGGGGAGUCGUUCUCGAGAUGGUGGGAAAACAAUGGGUUCUUCAAAAAGAGGCAUCGGGAGGCUGAUUUUAGAUGCAGACACUGUUCCUACAGUUAUCCCAUUCGUGCACACGGGGAUGCAGGAGAUCAUGCCGAUUGGUGCUAAAAUUCCUAAGAUUGGGAAGACGGUGACAAUUAUUAUUGGGGAUCCCAUUGAAUUUGAAGAUUUACUCAACUCUGAAAGUGCACACAAGGUCUCCAGGGGAAAAUUAUAUGAUGCAGUUUCUUCAAGAGUUGGAAAUCGGUUGCUUGAAAUGAAAGUUCAAGUAGAAAAACUAGCCCAUGAUCAUGCAUUGAAUAUGCAAAAUUAUUCAAUGAGUGACAUGGAACGAGCAGCUAUGAUCUUGCAGCAAAUUGAUUGGGAUUCAUUUGGCAUUGGGAGCUUUACUUCCAUUGAUUACAAUUCUCCCAUGAAGCAAGAAACUCAAACCCAGCCCAAUUUGGAUGUUUCCUCAGCGGAACAACCUGUUUCUGAUUGGUAUUUCAGAAUGCGUUUGUCUCGAGAGGGUGGAUUCAUAUCAAGGAUGCGUGGUUACAUGGAUCCUACGGAGUUCAUGAGUUUUGCAGCCAGAGGCUUGUUCAGGAAUUACAGAACAGGAAGCAGCUCUGAAUUUGGGGAGGCAAAUAGGCCCUUGAAGGCAUGGAAGCAGUUUGUCGAAGCUAAUGUGCAACGACAGUGGUGCUAUUAGCAUUACAACAAUUUGGCUUUGCUAAUGAGAUCAAUAGACGAUCAACCAUUCAGCUGGCCUCUCUUGUAGAAAACCGAUAGAUAUUGAGUGUCAAGCUCUUACAUUCACAUGAACUCCGUAAUGUGUUGGUUCCAAGUUCUUCUGGGUAACAACUUAAAUCCGGGACUGGUUUCAAUUGGAGCAGAUAACGUUCUAAUACAGAUUGCUGCUGGUUGUGUGAGAUUUUGGUCCUAUUAUUUUUGUGCCUGGUUUUCUAGUCUUACAUCAGGUUGAAAUUCAGAACAGUUUAGCUGGAAGCUGAGAAAUAAACACGAAAGAAUGAUUUUCAUCCCAUCAAUGUGGCAAAGCUAGAGAAGUUAUAUGCCACUUAUCAAAUGGAAUCAACACAUCAAGGUAUGCUCAAGUUCUCCAGUUCAUUCUAUAUUUUAGGUGUCUAGUAGGCCAUUAGAUUAUAAGUUUUAGAUUAAUCUUUUUCCCACUUUUUCAUGCCAUGUUGUGACUGUGGCUUUCAGACUUUUUUACCCUUUAAUACUUGAGGGGCCACCACUUAUUAGACCGAAGAUUUGAUUGUAAAGUGUUGUUCCAGAGUCUUCUGUCUAGUGAAGUUAUGAUGAGCCCAAUAAUUUAUAUGCUCCCUA